GCCAUUGGAAACAGGUGAGCUCGAGCAGAACAGAUCUCUAUGGGGUCAGUGAAGAUGUUCCAGAUGAAGAUGCUGGAAUGGGCCAUAGUGCUACUGGGCCUGCAGUCUGCGUAUGCAGGAUAUUUGACAGAUGUUGGGGACAAUGGGUCAGAUGAUGUUUUUUUGCCAACAACGGUCUUCCCCACUGUGCCAAAUCUGGUGACAACGUCAGAACCUAAUCCGGAUCAUCAAUCUACCAUCUGUAGCACCUGGGGAAAUUUUCACUUCAGGACCUUUGAUGGUCAUUUCUAUCAGAUGGCUGACACAUGUAACCACAUUCUGGCUGGGAUGUGUGACACACAUGUCUCAGAUUUUAACAUCCAAAUGCAAAGAACAAUUGUGAAUGGCUCGGUUACUUUCACCUCAGUCAAAUUAGAGCUAGAGGGGACGUCCAUCAAAUUUAGUCAAGGCAAGAUCUUCAUGGACGACCAAGAGGUAUCUAUUCCCAUGAGUCAGAAUGGAAUUAAAAUCGAGGGAAGCUCUUCGAGUGUUAAGGUCUCCAAAUAUGGAUUGACUGUUUUUUGGGAGGAAGAAGAUCACUCUAUGGUGAUUGAACUCGCUGAGAAGUACCGAGGUCAGACAUGUGGACUCUGUGGAAACUUCAAUGGCGACAAGACUGAUGACGUGAUUGUAACAGAUCCAGAGACAUGGAAGGUGUCCACAUCAGCUGAACCCUGUGAAAAAGUUCCUCUUCCCCCCAGCGAUCAGUGUGAAAACCAGGUUGACAUUUGUAAGCAGUAUCUGGAGAGUUCAGGGUUUGAUGACUGUCGCCCUCUGAUGGACCUGAGUUCAUUUGAGAAAGUUUGCGCAGACGACCUGUGUCAAUGUCCUGGCAACCAAGACUGUGUCUGCAACACGCUUACAGAAAUAUCACGACAGUGCACGCAUGCUGGUGGCAGGCCCGGAACGUGGAGAACAGACAAACUAUGUCCAAAGACAUGUCCACUAAACAUGGUAUACAUGGAGUGUGCUGGCCCAUGCAAAAACACCUGCUCCGCCCCAAAUGGAACCCUGCUGUGUACAGAUCACUGUACAGAUGGCUGUUUCUGCCCUGAGGGCACUGUGGAAGACAACAUUGGUAACAGUGGUUGCGUUCCAUUAAACAAAUGCCCAUGUAUGCACGCUGGCACAAUAUACCAGACUGGAGAGUCAUACGAGCAAGCGUGUAAAAAAUGUGAGUGUGCUGCUGGAUACUGGAGUUGCACGGAUCUGGACUGUCCUGGAAUCUGCUCUGUUGUGGGAGGCUCUCACAUCACCACCUAUGAUGGAAAAACUUACAGCUUUAAUGGCAACUGUGACUACAUCUUCACUAAGCACUCUAAUGACAGCAGUAUCGCUGUUGUUGGAAAUCUGGACAAGUGUGAGCCGAGCCGAACAGACAUGUGUUUGAAUUCUGUUACUCUGGUCAUGUCAGAGACCAUAGUGACCACUGUCAUUUUUUCAUCCAGUGGGACUGUCACGCUAAAUGGAAUCAGUCCAGAUAAGUUUCCAAUUAUCACAGAGCAACUGGUCAUCUACCGGCCCUCAUCAUCCUUCAUUAUCGCUGAAACAAAGAGUGUUAGUCUAGAGAUUCAAAUUUCUCCAAUCAUGCAGGUGUAUAUUAUAGCCAGCACCUCAGAGAAAGGCAAAUUGAGUGGUCUGUGUGGGAACUAUAACGGUGUCCAGAAAGAUGAUUUUAAAACAGAUUCGGGCAUUAUAGAGGGAACACCAACAUCCUUUGUCAACUUUUGGAAAAAAAACCCAUACGGUUGUCCAGAUGUUGAAAACACAUUUGAUAACCCCUGCAGUCUGAGAGUGGAAACAGAAAAACUUGCAAAAGACUGGUGUUCCCGUCUGACGGAUCCAAAUGGAAUCUUCUCCUCGUGUCAUUCAGAAAUAUUUCCUGAAACUUACUAUCAAAACUGCGUUUAUGACACCUGUAAGUGUGCUGAUAUUGAGAAGUGUAUGUGUGCUGCCCUCUCCGCCUAUGCCCAUGCAUGUGCCGCAAGAGGGAUCAUUCUUCACGGAUGGCUGGAUUCAUACCCCUGUGACGAAGUGUUCGAGUGUUCAGAAAAUAUGGAGUACUCCUACAAUGUGACCGGUUGUAGCAAAACCUGUCGUUCUAACUCUAAGACCGACUACAUCUGCAAAAUGUCUACACCUGUGGAAGGCUGUGUUUGUUCUGAAGGGACUUACCUAAACGAUGCAGGCGACUGUGUGAAUGCUGACCAGUGUCCUUGUUACUAUAACAACCUGCUCAUAGAGCCAUCAGGAUUAAUAAACAUUGAUGGUGCCAACUGCACCUGCACCCUCGGCAAAAUACACUGCUACAGUCCGGAAGACUGUGUGGCCCCAAUGGUCUACGUCAAAUGUUUGAUUAGUGAACAUGGAAAAACAGGAACAGAGUGUCAAAGGACAUGCCAGAACCAAGAUCCAAAUAACUGCGUCAGCACAGGUUGUGUAUCAGGUUGUAUGUGCCCAGAUAACCUGCUAGCCGAUGGUCAAGGUGGCUGUGUAGAGAAGGAAAACUGUCCCUGUUUUCACAAUGGAUUAACUUAUUUACCUGGGGAUGAGAUUCAAGAUGAAUGCAACACCUGCAAAUGCACAAAAGGGAUGUGGAGUUGUACUGGUAAAGAUUGUUACGGCACCUGUACCAUCUAUGGUGAAGGACAUUAUAAGACUUUCGAUGGAAGAAAAUAUUUUUACCACGGAGCCUGUGAAUACAUCUUAGCACAAGAUUACUGCAACAUGGGGGAGAGUCAAUACUCAUUACGUAUUGUUACAGAAAACAUUCCCUGUGGCUCCACCGACUCCAUUUGCUCCAAAUCUAUCAAUCUUUUCUUUGGGAAAUACAAGGUGGCUUUAUCUGAAGCGGAUGGAGUAAAGGUUAUUGAAACCAAUGGCACCGACUACAAAUAUCAAAUCAAUUCUGUGGGGAUUUACAAAGUCAUUGAGAUCAAAAAGCUUUUAAACUUAAUUUGGGAUGGCCAAACAACUCUGAUGAUCCAACUCCAUCCCAGCUUAAAGGGCAAAGUGUGUGGACUGUGUGGAAACUUUGACGGUAAUGCAAAUAACGACUUUGUAAAGCACGAUGGAGAAGUAGUAACUGAUGCGGUGGUGUUUGGGAAUAGCUGGAAAGUGAAACCAAGCUGCCCAGAAGUGGACAGUUUGAAAGACCCUUGUGAGAAAAACCCUCACCGGAGUGUCUGGGCUAUCAAACAAUGCAGCAUCAUUACAAGCAAUGUCUUUCAAGACUGCCAUGCACAUGUGGACUCUGCCCCAUACUAUGAUGCCUGUGUGAGGGACACCUGUGCAUGUGAUUCUGGUGGAGACUGUGAUUGUUUCUGUACAGCAGUGGCUGCUUAUGCGGCUGAAUGCCGAAAGAAAGAGGUUUGCAUUGCAUGGCGGACUCCACAUAUUUGUCCUUUAUUCUGUGACUACUACAAUGGCCCAGUGGGAGACUGUGAGUGGCACUACAGAGCCUGUGGUUCAGCCUGCAUGAAAACAUGCAAAAACCCAGAAGGGACCUGUUCCAAUCAAAUUCCUCUUCUAGAAGGGUGUUUUCCUCAGUGCCCUUCUGACAGGCCAUUUUUAAAGGAAGAAACUCAAAAAUGUGUCACAGAGAUAGAGUGUGCUCCUACGUGUGUAUAUGAUGGGAAGGAGUUCAUGAUUGGAGAAGAAGUGUACCACACCACAGAUGGAAAUGGCAUGUGUUUCAAAGCUGUGUGUGGAUCAAAUGCAACAAUAAUUAGAUAUAUGGAAACUUGUGUCACAACAGCUACACCAUUUACUUUCACAACAACAACAACACCUACAACCACACAACCAUCAACAACAACACAACCAACAACAGCUACUAAAACCACUGGUGCGUCCACAACUGCAGGACCAUCAACAACACAACCAACAACAGGAACACAAACCACUGGUGCGUCCACAACUGCAGGACCAUCUACAGGAACACAACAAUCAACAACACAAGUAUCAACAACUUUUUAUGCCACUGGUUUCUCCACAACAACAGGACCACCAACAACAAAACCAACAACAGCUACACAAAUGACUGGUGCUUCCACAACUGCAGGAACAUCAGCAGUAACAGAACAAUCAACAACCCCAGAAUCAACAACUUCUCAUACCACUGGUUUGUCCACAACUACAGGACCACCAACAACAAAACCAACAACAGCUACACAAACCACUGGUGCUUCCACAACUGCAGGACCAUCAACGAGAACAGCACAAUCAACAACACAAGUAUCAACAACUUCUCAUACCACUGGUUUAUCCACAACUACAGGACCACCAACAACACAACCAACCACAGCUACACAAACCACUGGUGCAUCCACAACUGCAGGACCAUCAACAGGAACACCACAAUCAACAACCCCAGAAUCAACAACUUCUCAUACCACUGGUUUGUCCACAACUACAGGACCACCAACAACAAAGCCAACAACAGCUACAGAAAGCACUGGGGCUUUCACAACUGCAGGACCAUCAACAGGAACUUCUCAUACCACUAGUUUGUCUACAACAACAGGACCACCAACAACAAAACAAACAACAGCCACACAAACCACUGGUGCAUUCACAACUGCAGGACUAUCAACGGGAACAGCACAAUCAACAACACAAGUAUCAAAAACUUCUCAUACCACUGGUUUAUCCACAACUACAGGACCACCAACAACACAACCAAUAACAGCUACACAAACCACUGGUGCAUCCACAACUGCAGGACCAUCAACAGAAACAGCACAAUCAACAACACAAGUAUUAACAACUUCUCAUACCACUGGUUUGUCAACAACAACAGGACCACCAACAACAAAACCCACAACAGCUACACAAACGACUGGUGCUUCCACAACUGCAGGAACAUCAGCAGUAACAGAACAAUCAACAACCCCAGAAUCAACAACUUCUCAUACCACUGGUUUGUCCACAAUUACAGGACCACCAACAACAAAACCAACAACAGCUACACAAACCACUGGUGCUUCCACAACUGCAGGACCAUCAACGAGAUCAGCACAAUCAACAACACAAGUAUCAACAACUUCUCAUACCACUGGUUUAUCCACAACAACAGGACCACCAACAACACAACCAACCCCAGCUACACAAACCACUGGUGCAUCCACAACUGCAGGACCAUCAACAGGAACACCACAAUCAACAACACAAGUAUCAACAACUUUUCAUACCACUGGUUUGUCCACAACAACAGGACCACCAACAACAAAACCAACAACAGCUACACAAACGACUGGUGCUUCCACAACUGCAGGAACAUCAGCAGUAACAGAACAAUCAACAACCCCAGAAUCAACAACUUCUCAUACCACUGGAUUGUCCACAACUACAGGACCACCAACAACACAAACAGCAACAGCUACAGAAACCAUUGGUGCAUCCACAACUGCAGGACCAUCAACGGGAACAGCACAAUCAACAACACAAGUAUCAACAACUUCUCAUACCACUGGUUUGUCCACAACAACAGGACCACCAACAACAAAACCAACAACAGCUACACAAACGACUGGUGCUUCCACAACUGCAGGAACAUCAGCAGUAACAAAACAAUCAACAACCCCAGAAUCAACAACUUCUCAUACCACUGGUUUGUCCACAACUACAGGACCACCAACAACAAAGCCAACAACAGCUACACAAAGCACUGGUGCUUCCACAACUGCAGGACCAUCAACGAGAACAGCACAAUCAACAACACAAGUAUCGACAACUUCUCAUACCACUGGUUUAUCCACAACUACAGGACCGCCAACAACACAACCAACCACAGCUACACAAACCACUGGUGCAUCCACAACUGCAGGACCAACAACAGGAACACCACAAUCAACAACACAAGUAUCGACAACUUCUCAUACCACUGGUUUAUCCACAACUACAGGACCACCAACAACACAACCAACCACAGCUACACAAACCACUGGUGCAUCCACAACUGCAGGACCAACAACAGGAACACCACAAUCAACAACACAAGUAUCAACAACUUUUCAUACCACUGGUUUGCCCACAACAACAGGACCACCAACAAAACCAACAACAGCUACACAAACGACUGGUGCUUCCACAACUGCAGGAACAUCAGCAGUAACAGAACAAUCAACAACCCCAGAAUCAACAACUUCUCAUACCACUGGUUUGUCCACAACUACAGGACCACCAACAACACAACCAACAACAGCUACAAAAACGACUGGUGCUUCCACAACUGCACGACCAUCAACAGGAACAGCACAAUCAACAACACAAGUAUCAACAACUUCUCAUACCACUGGUUUGUUCACAACAACAGGACCACCACCAACAAAACCAACAACAGCUACACAAACCACUGGUGCUUCCACAACUGCAGGACCAUCAACGAGAACAGCACAAUCAACAACACAAGUAUCAACAACUUCUCAUACCACUGGUUUAUCCACAACUACAGGACCACCAACCACACAACCAACCACAGCUACACAAACCACUGGUGCGUCCACAACUGCAGGACCAUCAACGGGAACACCACAAUCAACAACACAAGUAUCAACAACUUUUCAUACCACUGGUUUGUUCACAACAACAGGACCACCACCAACAAAACCAACAACAGCUACACAAACCACUGGUGCUUCCACAACUGCAGGAUCAUCAACGAGAACAGCACAAUCAACAACACAAGUAUCAACAACUUCUCAUACCACUGGUUUAUCCACAACUACAGGACCACCAACCACACAACCAACCACAGCUACACAAACCACUGGUGCGUCCACAACUGCUGGACCAUCAACGGGAACACCACAAUCAACAACACAAGUAUCAACAACUUCUCAUACCACUGGUUUGUCCACAACUACAGGACCACCAACAACACGAACAACAACAGCUACACAAACCACUAGUGCAUCCACAACUGCAGGACCAUCAACAGGAACACCACAAUCAACAACACAAGUAUCAACAACUUUUCAUACCACUGGUUUGUCCACAACAACAGGACCCCCAACAACAAAACCAACAACAGCUACACAAACGACUGGUGCUUCCACAACUGCAGGAACAUCAGCAGUAACAGAACAAUCAACAACCCCAGAAUCAACAAUUUCACAUACCACUGGUUUGUCCACAACUACAGGACCACCAACAACAAAGCCAACAACAGCUACACAAAUCACUGGUGCUUCCACAACUGCAGGACCAUCAACGAGAACAGCACAAUCAACAACACAAGUAUCAACAACUUCUCAUACCACUGGUUUAUCCACAACUACAAGACCAUCAACAACACAACCAACCACAGCUACACAAACCACUGGUGCGUCCACAACUGCAGGACCAUCAACGGGAACACCACAAUCAACAACACAAGUAUCAACAACUUCUCAUACCACUGGUUUGUCCACAACUACAGGACCACCAACAACAAAACCAACAACAGCUACACAAACGACUGGUGCUUCCACAACUGCAGGACCAUCCACAGGAACACCACAAUCAACAACACAAGUAUCAACAACUUCUCAUACCACUGGUUUAUCCACAACUACAGGACCACCAACAACACAACCAACCACAGCUACACAAACCACUGGUGCAUCCACAACUGCAGGACCAUCAACAGGAACACCACAAUCAACAACACAAGUAUCAACAACUUUUCAUACCACUGGUUUGUCCACAACAACAGGACCACCAACAACAAAACCAACCACAGCUACACAAACCACUGGUGCAUCCACAACUGCAGGACCAUCAACAGGAACACCACAAUCAACAACACAAGUAUCAACAACUUUUCAUACCACUGGUUUGUCCACAACAACAGGACCCCCAACAACAAAACCAACAACAGCUACACAAACGACUGGUGCUUCCACAACUGCAGGAACAUCAGCAGUAACAGAACAAUCAACAACCCCAGAAUCAACAAUUUCUCAUACCACUGGUUUGUCCACAACUACAGGACCACCAACAACAAAGCCAACAACAGCUACACAAACGACUGGUGCUUCCACAACUGGAGGACCAUCAACGAGAACAGCACAAUCAACAACACAAGUAUCAACAACUUCUCAUACCACUGGUUUAUCCACAACUACAGGACCACCAACAACACGAACAACAACAGCUACACAAACCACUGGUGCAUCCACAACUGCAGGACCAUCAACAGGAACACCACAAUCAACAACACAAGUAUCAACAACUUUUCAUACCACUGGUUUGUCCACAACAACAGGACCACCAACAACAAAACCAACCACAGCUACACAAACCACUGGUGCAUCCACAACUGCAGGACCAUCAACAGGAACACCACAAUCAACAACACAAGUAUCAACAACUUUUCAUACCACUGGUUUGUCCACAACAACAGGACCCCCAACAACAAAACCAACAACAGCUACACAAACGACUGGUGCUUCCACAACUGCAGGAACAUCAGCAGUAACAGAACAAUCAACAACCCCAGAAUCAACAAUUUCUCAUACCACUGGUUUGUCCACAACUACAGGACCACCAACAACAAAGCCAACAACAGCUACACAAAUCUCUGGUGCUUCCACAACUGCAGGACCAUCAACGAGAACAGCACAAUCAACAACACAAGUAUCAACAACUUCUCAUACCACUGGUUUAUCCACAACUACAAGACCAUCAACAACACAACCAACCACAGCUACACAAACCACUGGUGCGUCCACAACUGCAGGACCAUCAACGGGAACACCACAAUCAACAACACAAGUAUCAACAACUUCUCAUACCACUGGUUUGUCCACAACUACAGGACCACCAACAACACGAACAACAACAGCUACACAAACCACUGGUGCAUCCACAACUGCAGGACCAUCAACGAGAACAGCACAAUCAACAACACAAGUAUCAACAACUUCUCAUACCACUGGUUUAUCCACAACUACAGGACCACCAACAACACAUCCAACCACAGCUACACAAACCACUGGUGCAUCCACAACUGCAGGACCAUCAACAGGAACACCACAAUCAACAACACAAGUAUCAACAACUUUUCAUACCACUGGUUUGUCCACAACAACAGGACCACCAACAACAAAACCAACCACAGCUACACAAACCACUGGUGCAUCCACAACUGCAGGACCAUCAACAGGAACACCACAAUCAACAACACAAGUAUCAACAACUUUUCAUACCACUGGUUUGUCCACAACAACAGGACCCCCAACAACAAAACCAACAACAGCUACACAAACGACUGGUGCUUCCACAACUGCAGGAACAUCAGCAGUAACAAAACAAUCAACAACCCCAGAAUCAACAAUUUCUCAUACCACUGGUUUGUCCACAACUACAGGACCACCAACAACAAAGCCAACAACAGCUACACAAACCACUGGUGCGUCCACAACUGCAGGACCAUCAACGGGAACACCACAAUCAACAACACAAGUAUCAACAACUUCUCAUACCACUGGUUUGUCCACAACUACAGGACCACCAACAACACGAACAACAACAGCUACACAAACCACUGGUGCAUCCACAACUGCAGGACCAUCAACGGGAACAGCACAAUCAACAACACAAGUAUCAACAACUUCUCAUACCACUGGUUUGUCCACAACUACAGGACCACCAACAACACGAACAACAACAGCUACACAAACCACUGGUGCAUCCACAACUGCAGGACCAUCAACGAGAACAGCACAAUCAACAACACAAGAAUCAACAACUUCUCAUACCACUGGUUUAUCCACAACUACAGGACCACCAACAACACAACCAACCACAGCUACACAAACCACUGGUGCAUCCACAACUGCAGGACCAUCAACAGGAACACCACAAUCAACAACACAAGUAUCAACAACUUUUCAUACCACUGGUUUGUCCACAACAACAGGACCACCAACAACAAAACCAACCACAGCUACACAAACCACUGGUGCAUCCACAACUGCAGGAACAUCAGCAGUAAUAGAACAAUCAACAACCCCAGAAUCAACAAUUUCUCAUACCACUGGUUUGUCCACAACUACAGGACCACCAACAACAAAGCCAACAACAGCUACACAAACCACUGGUGCUUCCACAACUGCAGGACCAUCAACGAGAACAGCACAAUCAACAACACAAGUAUCAACAAUUUCUCAUACCACUGGUUUGUCCACAACUACAGGACUACCAACAACACGAACAACAACAGCUACACAAACCACUGGUGCAUCCACAACUGCAGGACCAUCAACGAGAACAGCACAAUCAACAACACAAGUAUCAACAACUUCUCAUACCACUGGUUUAUCCACAACUACAGGACCACCAACAACACAACCAACCACAGCUACACAAACCACUGGUGCAUCCACAACUGCAGGACCAUCAACAGGAACACCACAAUCAACAACACAAGUAUCAACAACUUCUCAUACCACUGGUUUGUCCACAACAACAGGACCACCAACAAAAAAACCAACCACAGCUACACAAACCACUGGUGCAUCCACAACUGCAGGACCAUCAACAGGAACACCACAAUCAACAACACAAGUAUCAACAACUUUUCAUACCACUGGUUUGUCCACAACAACAGGACCCCCAACAACAAAACCAACAACAGCUACACAAACGACUGGUGCUUCCACAACUGCAGGAACAUCAGCAGUAACAGAACAAUCAACAACCCCAGAAUCAACAAUUUCUCAUACCACUGGUUUGUCCACAACUACAGGACCACCAACAACAAAGCCAACAACAGCUACACAAAUCACUGGUGCUUCCACAACUGCAGGACCAUCAACGAGAACAGCACAAUCAACAACACAAGUAUCAACAACUUCUCAUACCACUGGUUUGUCCACAACUACAGGACCACCAACAACACAACCAACCACAGCUACACAAACCACUGGUGCAUCCACAACUGCAGGACCAUCAACAGGAACACCACAAUCAACAACACAAGUAUCAACAACUUUUCAUACCACUGGUUUGUCCACAACAACAAAACCAACCACAGCUACACAAACCACUGGUGCAUCCACAACUGCAGGACCAUCAACAGGAACACCACAAUCAACAACACAAGUAUCAACAACUUUUCAUACAACUGGUUUGUCCACAACAACAGGACCCCCAACAACAAAACCAACAACAGCUACACAAACGACUGGUGCUUCCACAACUGCAGGAACAUCAGCAGUAACAGAACAAUCAACAACCCCAGAAUCAACAAUUUCACAUACCACUGGUUUGUCCACAACUACAGGACCACCAACAAAAAAACCAACCACAGCUACACAAACCACUGGUGCAUCCACAACUGCAGGACCAUCAACAGGAACACCACAAUCAACAACACAAUUAUCAACAACUUUUCAUACCACUGGUUUGUCCACAACAACAGGACCCCCAACAACAAAACCAACAACAGCUACACAAACGACUGGUGCUUCCACAACUGCAGGAACAUCAGCAGUAACAGAACAAUCAACAACCCCAGAAUCAACAAUUUCUCAUACCACUGGUUUGUCCACAACUACAGGACCACCAACAACAAAGCCAACAACAGCUACACAAAUCACUGGUGCUUCCACAACUGCAGGACCAUCAACGAGAACAGCACAAUCAACAACACAAGUAUCAACAACUUCUCAUACCACUGGUUUGUCCACAACUACAGGACCACCAACAACACAACCAACCACAGCUACACAAACCACUGGUGCAUCCACAACUGCAGGACCAUCAACAGGAACACCACAAUCAACAACACAAGUAUCAACAACUUUUCAUACCACUGGUUUGUCCACAACAACAAAACCAACCACAGCUACACAAACCACUGGUGCAUCCACAACUGCAGGACCAUCAACAGGAACACCACAAUCAACAACACAAGUAUCAACAACUUUUCAUACCACUGGUUUGUCCACAACAACAGGACCCCCAACAACAAAACCAACAACAGCUACACAAACGACUGGUGCUUCCACAACUGCAGGAACAUCAGCAGUAACAGAACAAUCAACAACCCCAGAAUCAACAAGUUCACAUACCACUGGAUUGUCCACAACUACAGGACCACCAACAACAAAGCCAACAACAGCUACACAAAUCACUGGUGCUUCCACAACUGCAGGACCAUCAACGAGAACAGCACAAUCAACAACACAAGUAUCAACAACUUCUCAUACCACUGGUUUAUCCACAACUACAAGACCAUCAACAACACAACCAACCACAGCUACACAAACCACUGGUGCGUCCACAACUGCAGGACCAUCAACGGGAACACCACAAUCAACAACACAAGUAUCAACAACUUCUCAUACCACUGGUUUGUCCACAACUACAGGACCACCAACAACACAAGCAACAACAGCUACACAAACCACCAGUGCGUCCACAACUGCAGGACCAUCCACAGGAACACCACAAUCAACAACACAAGUAUCAACAACUUUUCAUACCACUGGUUUAUCCACAACUACAGGACCACCAACAACACAACCAACCACAGCUACACAAACCACUGGUGCAUCCACAACUGCAGGACCAUCAACAGGAACACCACAAUCAACAACACAAGUAUCAACAACUUUUCAUACCACUGGUUUGUCCACAACAACAGGACCCUCAACAACAAAACCAACGACAGCUACACAAACGACUGGUGCUUCCACAACUGCAGGAACAUCAGCAGUAACAGAACAAUCAACAACCCCAGAAUCAACAAUUUCUCAUACCACUGGUUUGUCCACAACUACAGGACCACCAACAACAAAGCCAACAACAGCUACACAAAUCACUGGUGCUUCCACAACUGCAGGACCAUCAACGAGAACAGCACAAUCAACAACACAAGUAUCAACAACUUCUCAUACCACUGGUUUAUCCACAACUACAAGACCAUCAACAACACAACCAACCACAGCUACACAAACCACUGGUGCGUCCACAACUGCAGGACCAUCAACGGGAACACCACAAUCAACAACACAAGUAUCAACAACUUCUCAUACCACUGGUUUGUCCACAACUACAGGACCACCAACAACACGACCAACAACAGCUACACAAACCACUGGUGCAUCCACAACUGCAGGACCAUCAACGAGAACAGCACAAUCAACAACACAAGUAUCAACAACUUCUCAUACCACUGGUUUGUCCACAACUACAGGACCACCAACAACACGAACAACAACAGCUACACAAACCACUGGUGCAUCCACAACUGCAGGACCAUCAACGAGAACAGCACAAUCAACAACACAAGAAUCAACAACUUCUCAUACCACUGGUUUAUCCACAACUACAGGACCACCAACAACACAACCAACCACAGCUACACAAACCACUGGUGCAUCCACAACUGCAGGACCAUCAACAGGAACACCACAAUCAACAACACAAGUAUCAACAACUUCUCAUACCACUGGUUUGUCCACAACAACAGGACCACCAACAACAAAACCAACCACAGCUACACAAACCACUGGUGCAUCCACAACUGCAGGACCAUCAACAGGAACACCACAAUCAACAACACAAGUAUCAACAACUUUUCAUACCACUGGUUUGUCCACAACAACAGGACCCCCAACAACAAAACCAACAACAGCUACACAAACGACUGGUGCUUCCACAACUGCAGGAACAUCAGCAGUAACAGAACAAUCAACAACCCCAGAAUCAACAAUUUCUCAUACCACUGGUUUGUCCACAACUACAGGACCACCAACAACAAAGCCAACAACAGCUACACAAACCACUGGUGCUUCCACAACUGCAGGACCAUCAACGAGAACAGCACAAUCAACAACACAAGUAUCAACAACUUCUCAUACCACUGGUUUGUCCACAACUACAGGACUACCAACAACACGAACAACAACAGCUACACAAACCACUGGUGCAUCCACAACUGCAGGACCAUCAACGAGAACAGCACAAUCAACAACACAAGUAUCAACAACUUCUCAUACCACUGGUUUAUCCACAACUACAGGACCACCAACAACACAACCAACCACAGCUACACAAACCACUGGUGCAUCCACAACUGCAGGACCAUCAACAGGAACACCACAAUCAACAACAAAAGUAUCAACAACUUCUCAUACCACUGGUUUGUCCACAACAACAGGACCCCCAACAACAAAACCAACAACAGCUACACAAACGACUGGUGCUUCCACAACUGCAGGAACAUCAGCAGUAACAGAACAAUCAACAACCCCAGAAUCAACAAUUUCUCAUACCACUGGUUUGUCCACAACUACAGGACCACCAACAACAAAACCAACCACAGCUACACAAACCACUGGUGCAUCCACAACUGCAGGACCAUCAACAGGAACACCACAAUCAACAACACAAGUAUCAACAACUUUUCAUACCACUGGUUUGUCCACAACAACAGGACCACCAACAACACAACCAACCACAGCUACACAAACCACUGGUGCAUCCACAACUGCAGGACCAUCAACAGGAACACCACAAUCAACAACACAAGUAUCAACAACUUCUCAUACCACUGGUUUGUCCACAACAACAGGACCACCAACAAAAAAACCAACCACAGCUACACAAACCACUGGUGCAUCCACAACUGCAGGACCAUCAACAGGAACACCACAAUCAACAACACAAGUAUCAACAACUUUUCAUACCACUGGUUUGUCCACAACAACAAAACCAACCACAGCUACACAAACCACUGGUGCAUCCACAACUGCAGGACCAUCAACAGGAACACCACAAUCAACAACACAAGUAUCAACAACUUUUCAUACCACUGGUUUGUCCACAACAACAGGACCCCCAACAACAAAACCAACAACAGCUACACAAACGACUGGUGCUUCCACAACUGCAGGAACAUCAGCAGUAACAGAACAAUCAACAACCCCAGAAUCAACAACUUCUCAUACCACUGGUUUGUCCACAACUACAGGACCACCAACAACACAACCAACCACAGCUACACAAACCACUGGUGCAUCCACAACUGCAGGACCAUCAACAGGAACACCACAAUCAACAACACAAGUAUCAACAACUUUUCAUACCACUGGUUUGUCCACAACAACAAAACCAACCACAGCUACACAAACCACUGGUGCAUCCACAACUGCAGGACCAUCAACAGGAACACCACAAUCAACAACACAAGUAUCAACAACUUUUCAUACCACUGGUUUGUCCACAACAACAGGACCCCCAACAACAAAACCAACAACAGCUACACAAACGACUGGUGCUUCCACAACUGCAGGAACAUCAGCAGUAACAGAACAAUCAACAACCCCAGAAUCAACAAUUUCACAUACCACUGGUUUGUCCACAACUACAGGACCACCAACAAAAAAACCAACCACAGCUACACAAACCACUGGUGCAUCCACAACUGCAGGACCAUCAACAGGAACACCACAAUCAACAACACAAGUAUCAACAACUUUUCAUACCACUGGUUUGUCCACAACAACAGGACCCCCAACAACAAAACCAACAACAGCUACACAAACGACUGGUGCUUCCACAACUGCAGGAACAUCAGCAGUAACAGAACAAUCAACAACCCCAGAAUCAACAAUUUCUCAUACCACUGGUUUGUCCACAACUACAGGACCACCAACAACAAAGCCAACAACAGCUACACAAAUCACUGGUGCUUCCACAACUGCAGGACCAUCAACGAGAACAGCACAAUCAACAACACAAGUAUCAACAACUUCUCAUACCACUGGUUUGUCCACAACUACAGGACCACCAACAACACAACCAACCACAGCUACACAAACCACUGGUGCAUCCACAACUGCAGGACCAUCAACAGGAACACCACAAUCAACAACACAAGUAUCAACAACUUUUCAUACCACUGGUUUGUCCACAACAACAAAACCAACCACAGCUACACAAACCACUGGUGCAUCCACAACUGCAGGACCAUCAACAGGAACACCACAAUCAACAACACAAGUAUCAACAACUUUUCAUACCACUGGUUUGUCCACAACAACAGGACCCCCAACAACAAAACCAACAACAGCUACACAAACGACUGGUGCUUCCACAACUGCAGGAACAUCAGCAGUAACAGAACAAUCAACAACCCCAGAAUCAACAAGUUCACAUACCACUGGUUUGUCCACAACUACAGGACCACCAACAACAAAGCCAACAACAGCUACACAAAUCACUGGUGCUUCCACAACUGCAGGACCAUCAACGAGAACAGCACAAUCAACAACACAAGUAUCAACAACUUCUCAUACCACUGGUUUAUCCACAACUACAAGACCAUCAACAACACAACCAACCACAGCUACACAAACCACUGGUGCGUCCACAACUGCAGGACCAUCAACGGGAACACCACAAUCAACAACACAAGUAUCAACAACUUCUCAUACCACUGGUUUGUCCACAACUACAGGACCACCAACAACACAAGCAACAACAGCUACACAAACCACCAGUGCGUCCACAACUGCAGGACCAUCCACAGGAACACCACAAUCAACAACACAAGUAUCAACAACUUUUCAUACCACUGGUUUAUCCACAACUACAGGACCACCAACAACACAACCAACCACAGCUACACAAACCACUGGUGCAUCCACAACUGCAGGACCAUCAACAGGAACACCACAAUCAACAACACAAGUAUCAACAACUUUUCAUACCACUGGUUUGUCCACAACAACAGGACCCUCAACAACAAAACCAACAACAGCUACACAAACGACUGGUGCUUCCACAACUGCAGGAACAUCAGCAGUAACAGAACAAUCAACAACCCCAGAAUCAACAAUUUCUCAUACCACUGGUUUGUCCACAACUACAGGACCACCAACAACAAAGCCAACAACAGCUACACAAAUCACUGGUGCUUCCACAACUGCAGGACCAUCAACGAGAACAGCACAAUCAACAACACAAGUAUCAACAACUUCUCAUACCACUGGUUUAUCCACAACUACAAGACCAUCAACAACACAACCAACCACAGCUACACAAACCACUGGUGCGUCCACAACUGCAGGACCAUCAACGGGAACACCACAAUCAACAACACAAGUAUCAACAACUUCUCAUACCACUGGUUUGUCCACAACUACAGGACCACCAACAACACGACCAACAACAGCUACACAAACCACUGGUGCAUCCACAACUGCAGGACCAUCAACGAGAACAGCACAAUCAACAACACAAGUAUCAACAACUUCUCAUACCACUGGUUUAUCCACAACUACAGGACCACCAACAACACAACCAACCACAGCUACACAAACCACUGGUGCAUCCACAACUGCAGGACCAUCAACAGGAACACCACAAUCAACAACACAAGUAUCAACAACUUUUCAUACCACUGGUUUGUCCACAACAACAGGACCACCAACAACAAAACCAACCACAGCUACACAAACCACUGGUGCAUCCACAACUGCAGGACCAUCAACAGGAACACCACAAUCAACAACACAAGUAUCAACAACUUUUCAUACCACUGGUUUGUCCACAACAACAGGACCCCCAACAACAAAACCAACAACAGCUACACAAACGACUGGUGCUUCCACAACUGCAGGAACAUCAGCAGUAACAAAACAAUCAACAACCCCAGAAUCAACAAUUUCUCAUACCACUGGUUUGUCCACAACUACAGGACCACCAACAACAAAGCCAACAACAGCUACACAAACCACUGGUGCGUCCACAACUGCAGGACCAUCAACGAGAACAGCACAAUCAACAACACAAGUAUCAACAACUUCUCAUACCACUGGUUUAUCCACAACUACAAGACCAUCAACAACACAACCAACCACAGCUACACAAACCACUGGUGCGUCCACAACUGCAGGACCAUCAACGGGAACACCACAAUCAACAACACAAGUAUCAACAACUUCUCAUACCACUGGUUUGUCCACAACUACAGGACCACCAACAACACGAACAACAACAGCUACACAAACCACUGGUGCAUCCACAACUGCAGGACCAUCAACGGGAACAGCACAAUCAACAACACAAGUAUCAACAACUUCUCAUACCACUGGUUUGUCCACAACUACAGGACCACCAACAACACGAACAACAACAGCUACACAAACCACUGGUGCAUCCACAACUGCAGGACCAUCAACGAGAACAGCACAAUCAACAACACAAGAAUCAACAACUUCUCAUACCACUGGUUUAUCCACAACUACAGGACCACCAACAACACAACCAACCACAGCUACACAAACCACUGGUGCAUCCACAACUGCAGGACCAUCAACAGGAACACCACAAUCAACAACACAAGUAUCAACAACUUCUCAUACCACUGGUUUGUCCACAACAACAGGACCACCAACAACAAAACCAACCACAGCUACACAAACCACUGGUGCAUCCACAACUGCAGGACCAUCAACAGGAACACCACAAUCAACAACACAAGUAUCAACAACUUUUCAUACCACUGGUUUGUCCACAACAACAGGACCCCCAACAACAAAACCAACAACAGCUACACAAACGACUGGUGCUUCCACAACUGCAGGAACAUCAGCAGUAACAGAACAAUCAACAACCCCAGAAUCAACAAUUUCUCAUACCACUGGUUUGUCCACAACUACAGGACCACCAACAACAAAGCCAACAACAGCUACACAAACCACUGGUGCUUCCACAACUGCAGGACCAUCAACGAGAACAGCACAAUCAACAACACAAGUAUCAACAACUUCUCAUACCACUGGUUUGUCCACAACUACAGGACUACCAACAACACGAACAACAACAGCUACACAAACCACUGGUGCAUCCACAACUGCAGGACCAUCAACGAGAACAGCACAAUCAACAACACAAGUAUCAACAACUUCUCAUACCACUGGUUUAUCCACAACUACAGGACCACCAACAACACAACCAACCACAGCUACACAAACCACUGGUGCAUCCACAACUGCAGGACCAUCAACAGGAACACCACAAUCAACAACACAAGUAUCAACAACUUCUCAUACCACUGGUUUGUCCACAACAACAGGACCCCCAACAACAAAACCAACAACAGCUACACAAACGACUGGUGCUUCCACAACUGCAGGAACAUCAGCAGUAACAGAACAAUCAACAACCCCAGAAUCAACAAUUUCUCAUACCACUGGUUUGUCCACAACUACAGGACCACCAACAACAAAGCCAACAACAGCUACACAAACCACUGGUGCAUCCACAACUGCAGGACCAUCAUCAGGAACACCACAAUCAACAACACAAGUAUCAACAACUUUUCAUACCACUGGUUUGUCCACAACAACAGGACCCCCAACAACAGCUACACAAACGACUGGUGCUUCCACAACUGCAGGAACAUCAGCAGUAACAGAACAAUCAACAACCCCAGAAUCAACAAUUUCUCAUACCACUGGUUUGUCCACAACUACAGGACCACCAACAACAAAGCCAACAACAGCUACACAAACCACUGGUGCUUCCACAACUGCAGGACCAUCAACGAGAACAGCACAAUCAACAACACAAGUAUCGACAACUUCUCAUACCACUGGUUUAUCCACAACUACAGGACCACCAACAACACAACCAACCACAGCUACACAAACCACUGGUGCAUCCACAACUGCAGGACCAUCAUCAGGAACACCACAAUCAACAACAACACAAGUAUCAACAACUUUUCAUACCACUGGUUUGUCCACAACAACAGGACCACCAACAACAAAACCAACAACAGCUACAAAAACGACUGGUGCUUCCACAACUGCAGGUACAUCAGCAGUAACAGAACAAUCAACAACCCCAGAAUCAACAACUUCUCAUACCACUGGUUUGUCCACAACUACAGGACCACCAACAACACGAACAACAACAGCUACACAAACCACUGGCGCUUCCACAACUGCAGGACCAUCAACAGGAACAGCACAAUCAACAACACAAGUAUCAACAACUUCUCAUACCACUGGUUUGUCCACAACAAGAGGACCAGCAACAACACAACCAACAACAGCUACACAAACCACUGGUGCUUCCACAACUGCAGGACCGUCAACGGGAACAGCACAAUCAACAACACAAGUAUCAACAACUUCUCAUACCACUGGUUUGUACACAACUACAGGACCACCAACAACACAAGCAACAACAGCUACACAAACCACCAGUGCGUCCACAACUGCAGGACCAUCCACAGGAACACCACAAUCAACAACACAAGUAUCAACAACUUCUCAUACUACUGGUUUGUCCACAACUACAGGACCAACAACAACACAACCAACAACACCUAAACAAACCACUGGAGCUUCCACAACUGCAGGACCAUCAACAGGAACACCACAAUCAACAACACGAGUAUCAACAACUUCUCAUACCACUGGUUUGUCCACAACAACAGGACCAACACCAACAAAACCAACAACAGCUACACAAACCACUGGUGCGUCCACAACUGCAGGAACGUCAAUGGGAACAGCACAAUCAACAACACAAGUAUCAAAAACUUCUCAUACCACUGGUUUGUCCACAAUAACAGGACCACCAACAACACAACCAACAACAGCUACUCAAACCACUGGUUCGUCCACAACUGCAGGACCACCAACAACACAACCAACAACAGCUACACAAACCACUGGGGUGUCCACAUCUACAGCACCAUCAACAGGAACAACACAACCAACUACACAAUUAACAAAAGAAACUGCUACUUCCACCAUUACUGCUACAACAUCAAAACCAUUGUCUACUACAGUGACAGAAACAUCAACAAAGUUUACAGUCUUCACACAAUCAACUGAACAAACAUCUCAUUUCACUUCACACCAAAUAAAAAUUACAACAAGUUGUUACUGCACAUUCGCAAAUGAAACAUUCCCUCCAGGGUCUAUGAUAUACAACCAAACUGAUAAAGCAGACUGGUGCUACACUGCUUACUGCAACUCAAGUUGUUUUGUUGAGAUAACGAAGAACCCGUGUUAUAAAACUACUACAGUUCCAGUUUCAACAGUUCCAAAAGAUUGUAAUGAUGUCAACCGAAAGAAUGGAGAAUCGUGGACUGAAGAAUGUAUGACGAAAACGUGCACAGAAGGGACGGUGACCUCCACCCCUGUACAGUGUGACACAAAUGAUGCCCUGGUACCUACGUGUGCUAAUGGACUAACACCUGAGAAAGUGUAUUACAACAAUGGCUGCUGCUCUAAAUAUGAAUGCCAAUGUAAAUGCAGUGGCUGGGGUGACCCUCACUACAAAACAUUUGAUGGAACAUAUUAUGCUUUCCAAGGAAACUGUUCCUAUGUUUUGGUCAAAGAAAUUGUUCCUAAAUAUGAUUUCAAUGUCCACGUUAAAAACUAUUACUGUAACACUGCAAAAAAUUUUGCUUGCCCGGAGUAUGUGAUUGUGAACUACAAAUCCUAUAAUAUCAAGAUGACAAGCUAUAGCGAGGAUAUUCAGGUCUAUGUCAAUAAUGAUGUGAAGAUCCCAACAUAUAGUAAUGAAGACUUUACCAUCACCACGUCUGGAAUGGCUGUGACUUUGAGCAUCCCUGAAAUUAAAGCAGAAAUUUUAGUUAAUCAUCAUGGUUUUGAAGUCAAACUUCCAUUUUCUCAAUUUAGUGGUAAUACAGAAGGACAGUGUGGGGUCUGUGACAACAACCCUGCAAAUGACUGCAGACGUCCCGAUGGACAAACGGACGAAUCAUGUGGGAAUAUGGCACAACUGUGGGCAGACAGCCCAGAUUGUCAAACCUCUCCACAACCACCAUCUACAGGCUCCAGCUGCAAUGCACAAAACUGUGAACUCAUCAAAAGCGAUUUGUUCAAGAGUUGCCAUGCAGUGGUGCCCUAUCAAAGCUACUAUGACGCAUGUAAAUAUGACAUAUGCAACAAGAAAAGUGAAUCAAUGGCCUGUACCAGUCUGGAGGCCUAUGCACGGACGUGUGGUGAGGCGUCUAUCUGUAUUGACUGGAGAAACUCAACUGAACCUAAAGGACUAUGCGACUACAAGUGUGCUGAUCACAAAGUCUACAAGGCAUGUGGACCAAAGGUGGAAAAAACCUGCAGUACAAGAUACAACGAAAUGUUUGUGCACAAUGAAUGCCAAGAUCCAAAGUAUAUGGAAGGCUGUUUCUGUCCAGAUAACACAUAUCUACUUAGUUCAACGUCAGAUCAAUGUACAGCUAACUGCGAUUGCAUUGGCCCCGAUGGAUUAUCUAGACAGCCUGGGGAUUCAUGGACCAUCAACUGUACAACAUAUAGGUGUUCCAGUGAGAGCUUUGGUGUUGUGCAAGAGCCUGUUAAGUGUCCAGAAACAAAGCCCUGUGGCGAACAAUACAAAACAACUAUAACAAACUGCUGUCCAACAUGUGAAUGCAAUAUGGAGCUGUGUCUUAUGAAGAAAUGUGACAUUGGAUACGAGUUAGCAACAACUAAAUCUGAGGACAGCUGCUGUCCAGCCUGUGUACCCAAAAAUGUCUGUGUUUACAAUGACAAUGAGUACAAGCCUGGUGUUGAAAUCCCAACAGAUUCUUGCAACCAUUGCACAUGUGGAAUGGACAAGAACCCACAGACUAACCUAAAUAUUAUGCAAUGUUCUCCAAUAAAAUGUGAACCCUGUGGAGAGGGCUUUGAAGAGGUAAAGGUUGAAGGAGAGUGUUGUGGAAAAUGUAAGCAAACAGGAUGUUUGUAUAAAAACGCAAACAACAUCUCACAAAUUCUCAAGGUUGGAGAAAUACACAGUUCUGCAUGUGAGGAGGUGGUCUGCCAGGAGGUUGAUGGAGUGUAUUUGAUUGAAAAGUCAAUAAUGAAUUGCCCGGCCUUUAAUCCAGUUGAUUGUGUGCCGGGGACGGAGAGAAUGGAUCCAAAUGGAUGCUGCAAAAUCUGUGAUCGUAAAAACUGUGCAGUCGUAAGCACCACAGAGAAAGUGAGCGCAAACGACUGCAUAUCCAUCGAUCCUAUAGAAAUGACGUCCUGCAGUGGCCAAUGUGGUACCAAGUCAAUGUAUUCAAUGGAGCAAGGCUCAAUGAUGCACGUCUGUUCUUGUUGCCGGGAGCUGAAAACUAGCAUUAAAGAAGUGAAGCUGAAGUGUCCAAAUAACAAAGUGAUCUCGCACAAAUACAUCCACAUUGACAGCUGUGAAUGCACUCCAACCAAGUGUGAGGAAUGAAGACCGGAUAACAGAUUAUUUCGCUAUCUAUCAGACCUUGCAUUGAAUAUUUCAGAUUUGAACAUGACUCUUUAACAAUUUUAAAAAAUGAUUUGCAAAUUUAAAGUUAAUGCUUAAAAUAUUUUCUAAGUAUAGCUUAAACUGUACUCGUUUAACAUAUCUUAACUGACUUUAUUUUUUUUCUUUCUACACUUUUUGAUUUUUCUGUAAUGUUUAAUGAAAUUAUAUAUAAUUAAUUUUAAUGAAGGUGAAUGUUAAACACAAUAAAGUAAGCAGCAAUUGA